AUUGGAUUAUGUAUCGUUUUGUUAAUUUCUGUUUUUUCGCGGAUUCGCUUUUCUCUAUUCCACCCCAGUCGAAACCCUAACUUCUCCUAGCUUCUACUAACAAAGAAACAGGUUGCAAUUAGCUUUGAGGAGGGGUCAUACGCCAAAAUUAGACGCUCGUUAUUUGUUACCCGUCUUUUCAAGCCCAGCAAACUUGCUUUAAAUGGGUUCACUGCAGAUCACAAGGGCACGGUAAUUGAUCCACGUUCCUGAGCAACAUUUUUGACGUGAUGACGUCGAUGGAAUUACCGAGAAUCUUGUCGGCUACAGUGCCGUCUUCACAUAACCGAACCUUAAUUACCGAGAAAAUAUCAGAGAAAUGCGAGGCGAAGCCGUGCGAACAGCUGCAAUCAGAAGAUUGAUUUCCGAUGUCGAUUCGCUUGGUGGCCCUUCAGAAGUGAACGCUUUAUUAGCCCCUUCAAGUGGAAUGACUCUGCCCUGCAGAUUUUCGGUACCGACAUUUUUGCGUUCGUCAGAACGAGGUUUAAUUUUGUGCCGAAAAACUAUAAACCAAUUACCCCGGUUUGCCAAAGGAUUAAAUAACAAAAACACCUCAGCAUAAAUUGUUUAUGCUCCAAUAGAAAGUUACAACAGCUUUAUCAAAUUAUCAAGAACAACUCAACGCCCUCCUACAGCCCUUAGGUGUCACGGAAUCCGUUGUUUAAUUGAUCAUUUCCACUCCUUCUCAUACCCGAGAUCGUGUCGCAUUCUACAAAAUUCGCGCACUUUCCUUUGAUCUUAGUGGACAUAUUUUCGCUGCUUAAUCGCCGAAUAUAUAUUCAUUUUCCCUCGACCGGUUCUCGGUUUCACAAGAGAUUGACAAGCUACUUCGGCGUCCAGGAAUUCCGUCUGCUGGGGCAUUAUUUGUCUCACACUUGAACUUGUGCUGCUUCUUAAGAACAUCCAUACUGUCGUUGUCCCUUAUUACCCACAGGGUGACUUUUCCUCUCUCCCUUGCUUCUUUCAUUUGCCCCUUAUUUAUUUCAAUUCUAUUUUAUUCAGUCAUUUUGAAUGGAUGCCUCUCCUUGGUAUGGCUAUAUACCCACAAAAUGGGUCGGCAUUGUCGGCGUUGUUUGCUUCUCAGUGGUUGCCAUCGGUGAAGCGAUCCAAGCUAGCGUCCUCAAGGACUAUCUUCCAAUCAUUCCUUUCAUUGGUACAAUUAUCGAGAUUGCUGGUUGGGGCGCUCGUGUUAAAUCAAGCGCAGAUCCACUGAGCUUUAAUGCGUUCGUGUGUCAGGUUGCUGCACUCAUCAUCGCACCCUGCUUUUAUACGGCUCAGAUUUACGUGGUUCUUCAAUACCUCGUACGCCUUUAUGGACCCGAUUAUUCUAUUUUAAGACCCAAGUUAUACGCAAUUGUUUUUAUUUCAUGCGACAUUGUUGCGCUUGUAAUUCAGGCUGUCGGCGGCGGCAUCGCUGGCUCAAGCAGUACAAAUCAACACACGAUGGAUACGGGUGGAAAUGUGAUGCUUGCGGGCAUUAUUAUUCAGCUCAUCGGCCUUUCGCUUUUUUGCUACGCCGGCAUUGACUUUGUUGUCCGUUAUUGUAAAAAUCGUCCUUAUCGCACCUCCUAUGCCUAUGGGGUUGUGUUAAAUCCUGAUCUACAACCUCCUUACUCCUCUAAACGUUUCUUAUCCAUUGGAUUGCUUGUUGCUGCUACUAUUUCCAUCUUCAUUCGUUCCAUUUAUCGCGUUGUCGAGCUUGCAUAUGGCUGGAGCGGACCCGUUAUUACGCGCGAAGUUUAUUUCGAUGUGUUCGACCUUAUUCCCAUGGUGGUAACUUCGGCGUUAUUACUUGGUGUUAUGUGGCCCGUCACGGAGGUGAAACAGCUUCCUGUCGAUGUACAACACAUCACUGUGGAAGAUGAUAACUUUACUAAAGUUAAUACAUUAACUACAGACAUGUCGCCAGCUGUUUCCUAUGAUGUGACUGAAAACAGUUUGAUGGGCGAUUCUUCUUAUGAUCAUGAUAAAAAGAACAGCAUUUUGAGCUCAGUGAAGGUGUAAUCCUUUUGCUCCGUUACGUUUUUGGCCAUUCUUUUCGUUUUCUUCCCCUCCAAUUGAGUUCCUAACGUUCAUAAGCGCAACCAGUGAUUAUUAGCAUGCUGCUUUGCUUUCUUGCUUCGCAAUUACUAUGCGGUUAUUAUUUAUCCUCUUUUCCGUUUUCUUCCAUUUUCAGUCUUACUUUUCUUAAUCCAUCUUAAGUUCGUUUCUCUCUUCUUUCUCCAUACCCAUUGGAAUGUUACAUUAGAAUUAUGGCGCCCUUAGCUAUGUGUAUAUCAUGAAGUUUCCCUAGUUAUUAAUGAACCCUCUGUUAAAAUUGUACAAUUUGAGCACACUCUAUUAGCGUGAAUUCUUACAAAGUAAUCCA